AUGGAGUCCGAAGGACACGCUAGAGCUGGUAGCACCAGUGAUGAGGAAAAAGUUGUUGCUUCCUCAGCCAUUGCCUCUAACCUUCCCGUGGACCCCGAUGCCCACUUAUCAGACGCAGAGCGCAAGUCUAUCGACAGAAAACUUGUCUGGAAGCUGGACUUGUAUCUGAUUCCAUGGCUUUGUAUCCUUUAUCUCCUUGCGUUUUUGGAUAGAACAAAUAUUGGAAACGCGAAGAUCGAUGGCUUGCAGAAGGAUUUGAACAAUAUGUCAACUGGGCGAUACAACGCAGCUCUUUCCAUGUUUUUCAUAUCCUACUCGAUCUUCGAACCAUUGACCAACGUUCUCUUGAAACGCCUCAAGCCAUCCAUCUUCAUUCCAAUUAUUAUGUCUAUUUGGGGUGUUUGCAUGUUAUCAAUGGGAUUCGUUAAAAACUGGUCUGGCUUGAUGACUGCUCGUUGGUUUUUGGGCAUGGCUGAAGCUGGUCUAUACCCUGGUGUAAACUACUUUCUCUCAUGCUGGUACAAGCGUGAUGAAUUUGGUGUCCGUGCAGCCAUCUUCUUCUCAGCUGCCGCGUUUUCUGGUUCUUUUGGGGGCCUUCUUGCUGCAGCAAUAGCCAACUUGGAUGGUCUGGGAGGACGACCUGGCUGGGCUUGGAUCUUCAUCAUCGAGGGAAUCAUCACAGUGGGAUUCGGUCUACUCUCAUUCCUCUUCGUCCAUGAUUUUCCCGACACUGCGACCUUCCUUUCGGAGAAGGAUCGGGCUAGAGUUAUUCGCAGACUUAAGAUGGAUAAGCAAUCUAGUGCUGAACAUGAGGAGUUCAAACUGGAAUACUUUUGGGCUGCCAUCAAAGAUUAUAAGAUGUGGCUGGGCAUGUUCAUCUACAUGGGCGCUGAUAUGCCUCUAUAUGCCUUCUCACUGUUUUUGCCAACUAUUGUCGCUGAGAUGGGUUACAAGGCGUCUCGGGCACAACUACUCUCUGUUCCUCCCUACGCUUGCGCCGCAGUUUUAACAAUUGUCAUUGGUUUCGCUGCUGAUCGUACCAAGCGCCGUGGAAUUUACAACAUUUGUACUUCACUCCUAGGUGUUGUUGGAUUCGCCAUGCUACUUGGAUCGCAAAGCGCCCACAUCAAGUACGCAGGUACAUUUUUGGGUGCUCUUGGUAUCUAUCCAUGUAUUGCCAAUACUAUUUCAUGGGUUAGCAAUAAUGCUGAGGGUGUCUACAAGCGCGGUAUUGUUCUUGGAUUCGUCAUUGGAUGGGGAAAUCUCAAUGGUAUCGUUAGCAGCAACAUCUACUAUAAGGCACCAAAAUUCACUGUCGGCCAUGCGACUGUCAUGGCUUAUAUGAUUAUCUGCUUAUUUGGUGGAAGCGUCGCAUUGCACUUGUUGUUACGCAGAGAAAAUGCCGCUAGAUUGGCCGGAAAGAGGGACCAUUGGGUUGCAGGAAUGUCAGAGAGGGAAGCCGAGAAGUUGGGUGACAAGCGUCCCGACUUCUUGUACACUAUCUAA